CCACUACUCAUUUGACAUUACAUGUACCACUCGACUGGUAAACUCAUUUAAAUUCUCGCAAGUAAGGAGUGGUCACUUUUGACUGCCUUUAUCAAGGUAACAAGACGCUUCUAAAUGCGCAUUGACGGACGAUUCGGUAUUUAUUGAACUAUUUCUUAAAAAAAACUAAAUAUCUUGGCCAAAUGUCAUCAAGGAGCUCUGACUGAAAAGCACUGUUUUACCUGAUCAAUAUAUUACUGAAUAUAUAGCCUAACCUGUGUGUGAGACCGUUAUACAGACUCCGAGUCGAAAAGAAAUUCGUCGUCAAGGCCACCGUGACAACUUCAGAAAAAUCAUGGCAAAAAUGGCUGAGCUUGAUCAAGAUACUUCAUACGGAGCAGGGUACGAGUACCGAAUAGCUUUGAUAGGACGUACAGGGUCUGGAAAAAGUGCCACUGGAAACAACAUUCUUGGUAAGAAAGUCUUUACGUCUAAAUCAUCUGGGUCUUCAGUAACACAGAAAUGUCAUUUCCACACAGCAGAGCGUUUUGACAAGAAGUUGUUAGUAGUUGACACACCGGGACUGUUCGACACGAAAUUAUCCAACGAAGUUAUCGCAAAAGAAAUCCUUAAAUGCAUAGGAAUUCUCACUCCCGGACCACAUGCCUUUAUUCUUGUUGUUCAAAUAGGGCGUUUUACACCAGAAGAGAAAGACACAGUCAAACACUUCAGCCAUAUAUUUGGUAAAGAAUUCUUCAGGUACCUAAUAAUACUAUUUACACGACGAGAUGACCUGGAAAGAACCGGUGAGACCAUCCAAGAGUAUGUCAAUGAGGUUCCAGACGAACUGAAAUACAUUUUAAAGAGAUGUGGUCACAAAUACUUAGCAUUUGAUAACUAUUCUAGCGCUCAAAAAGCUGAAUUUGACGUUCUCGAACUGAUAGGGAUCGUCCAAGCUAUCAUUAAUGAGACUGGCAAAGCUUACUUCUCAGAUGAUACGCUCGAAAAAUCAGAGCUAGAAUUUCAGCGAAGAGCCAAGGAAAUCAGACUUAAAGGAGAGAGGAAGAUUGCGCAGAUUCAGGAAGAAAUGGAGGCCAAACAGAAAGAAAUGGAAAGACAGAGAAGAGAAUUGGAAGCGAGUAUAGCACUACUAAAGGAGUUUGAACUUCAAACAAAGGAUUUGGAAAAUUCGGAGAAAGAUGCAGAAAUACGUCGAAAACAAGAAGCCGAAAAAAAAGAAAAUGAAGCAAAAAGAAGAGAAAUGGAAAUCGAAAACGAAAAGUUCGAGUUAAGAAUGAAACUCGAAUUAGAGGAAGAAAGACAACGACACCAGGAAAAAAUUAAUAACAUGCGACACAAUGAAAGGACAAAUUACGAAAACGAAGAGAAGACUGUUAUGGGCUGGGCUAUGACUGCAGCAGUAACCGCUGGGAAAGCACUUUGGGGUUAUUGGUUUCCAUAGAAGAAUUUCCUACUAUACAAGUACCCAGAAAUGUUAUUUCAUUGCUUCGGUUGACUUUGUUUUUACAGCAUGUGAAUGUAUAACACCAUCACAAAUAUGAAGCAUAAACAAUGUCCUUUUUAUUGAUUAAUGUUUUUGCUUAAAUUUAAAUUUCUAUAUAACCAUUCCAGUUGUAGCUUUAAUUAUUAAUCAGUUGUUCCGGAUUCCACUUGUCAAGUCAGUUGUUCCGUUUAAGUUGUUUAAAAUGUAGUGAAUAUUCUGUUUGAUGUUUCGGAUCUAGUGUGUCAAGUAAGUUUUCCCGGAUUUCACAUGUCCUGAUAGUUGUUUCGGAUGUAACGUGUCUUGUUAGUGUUUUCUGAAUGUAACGUGUCCUGGAACUUGUUUCAUAUGUUAUGUGACCUGUUAGUUGUUCCGGCAGUAACGUUUCCAGUUAGUUGUCUAGGAUGCAACCUGUCCAGUUAGUUGUUCCGGAUGGAACGUGUCAUGUUAAUUGUUCUGGAGGAAACGUGUCGAGUAAAUUGUUCCGGAUGUAACGUGUCCUGUUUGUUAUUCUGGAAGUUACGUGUCAAGUUAGUUGUUCCGAAACAACUGAUUCCGUAGUUAUUCCGGAUUUUUUCGCGUUCAGUUAGUUGUUCGCGAUUGAACGUGUCAAGUUAAUUGUUCUUGAUGUUCCGUGUCAAGUAAGUUGCACCGGAUGUAACGUGUCAUGUAGUUAUUUCAGAUUUGUUCGUGUCCGGUCAGUUCUUUAUGUUGCGUUUCCAGUUAGUCGUUCUUGAUGUUGCGUGUCU